AACAGAAUCCAUUUCCAUUUGAUCGCAUUUUUUAAUCUCAGAACCCAUUCGAACUCUAUUUCUUUAUUUUCCUUGUUUUGUUGUUUCUCUGUGAUGCUACUGCAACUUAAUCCUAAAGAAAACGCCCUACCGCUACCUCAAUACACAACUGCACUGCGUAUUCUCAAUUCUGAAUCCCUACCGCUACCGCUACCGCUACCGCUACCUCUUCUUCCUUCCGACGGCCAACCCUGACCGGAGACAUGCAGCUUCCAAAGCUUCCCGUUCCCCGUUUCGAUUUUGUCCACUCCAAGCCGCCAUCGAAAAAGAGAACGAUUGCAAGCGAGGUUUGUCCUUGGUACAAGGAGGAGAAGCUUAUUCAGAGUUUUUUGCCUAAGGUUAAGGAUAAGGAUAAGGAUGAGGGUGAAGAUGAGGAGGGGGAUGAGGAUCAUCCUUUCUUUGAGAAGGCUCCUGGGGCAAAACGCCCUAAGUUGGAGACUAUUGUUGAGAAGACAAAUCCUCAACAUGCUCUCAGUUGGGUUGCUGCUGCUAAGCAGGCGAAGUUGGAUGGCAAGCUUGGUGAAGCAAGGGAACUGAUCAAAAAGGGCUGUGAAAAGUGUCCAAGAAAUGAUCAUGUGUGGCUGCUUGCUGCGAAAUUAGCACCUGAUAAAAAGGAAAAACGUAGGUUGUUGAGCAAAGGGUUGCAAUACGUGCGUGAUUCUUUCAGGCUGUGGAAGUCUGCUGUGGAGGUUGCUGAUAAAUAUAAUGCUAGAUGUUUACUCCAUUCAGCUGUGGAUGAUUGUCCUUUGGAGGUAGAACUGUGGCUUGCGCUCGCUAAGUUAGAAACCUAUGCAGGUGCUAAAGCGGUUCUUAUCCGGGCAAGGGAGAGGCUGCCGCAUGAACGGGCCUUAUGGAUAUUAGAUGCUGAAUUGGAAGAAGCUAAUGGAGAUAGUUCAAAAAUUGGUGUCAUAAUACAAUUUGCUUUGAGGUGUGAAGGUCUGGUCAGUGAUACAGAAUAUUGGAUGCUGCGUGGUAUAGAAUAUAGAGAAGCUUGGGUGAAGAGGGAACGUGAGAUGUUUGAUAGAGAAGCUUGGAUGCGGGAAGCAGAGGCAGCAGAACGUGGUGGAUACGUUGAAACUUGCAAGGAAAUAAUCCGUCAUACUAUUGGAAUUGGGGUUGAAGAAGCCGACAGGAAGAGGACAUGGGUUUCCGAGGCAGAAGAAUGCAAGAAGCGUGGUUCAGUUAACACUGCCAGAGCCAUAUAUGCUCAUGCUCUAACAUUCUUGAUGAGUAAGAAGAGUGUAUGGGUCAAAGCCGCGUAUCUUGAAAAGAGUCAUGGCACCACAGAAUCUCUUGAAGUUUUACUACGUAAAGCAGUUUUGUAUAGACCAAGGGCUGAAGUUCCUUGGCUUAUGGGAGGUAAAGAGAAGUGGCUUGCUGGAGAUGUACCUUCAGCUCGUGCUAUUAUCGGACUAGCUCGGGCUGCCAUUCCUGAUUCUGAGGAUAUAUGGCUUGCUGCUGCAAAGCUUGAAUUUGAAAAUAAUGAACACGAGGCAGCUAGAUUGUUGUUGUCUCAAGCUAGAACUGAAGUAAAUACAGAAAGAGUGUGGAUGAAAUCAGCCAUUGUUGAGAGAGAAUUGGGAAACAUUGAAAGCGAGAACACAUUGUUAAAGGAAGGAUUGGUGCAAUUCCCUUCAUUCUUUAAAUUGUGGCUGAUGCUUGGCCAACUUGAGGAACGGCUUGCUGCUGCUCAGCCUGAGAAGUAUUUUGAUCACUUGAAGGAAGCCAGAAACGCAUAUGAUUCUGGACUGAAAGAAUGUGUUAAUUGUGUACCACUUUGGCUCUCUCGUGCUAAUCUUGAAGAGGAGACAAAGGCCCGUGAAGUUCUCAAAAUGGCUCAAGAAAAGAACCCUAAAAAUCCUGAACUAUUGCUGGCUGCUGUUAGAUUAGAAUCCAAGCAUGGACAUCAGGAAGAAGCUGAUAUUUUGAUGGCAAAAGCAUUGCAGGAGUGUCCCAACAGUGGUAUUCUGUGGGCAGCUUCUAUUGAGAUGGUUCCUCAUCCCCUUCGUAAAACCAAGAGUAUGGAUGCCCUUAAGAAAUGUGAUGAUGAUCCCCAUGUUAUCGCUGCUGUGGCCAAAUUGUUUUGCCAUGAUGGGAAAGUGGACAUAGCCAGGACUUGGCUGAAUAGGCUUGUAACACUAGCUCCUGAUAUUGGGGAUUUCUGGGCGUUGUGCUACCAAUUUGAAAUGCAUCAUGGAACUGAGGAGAACCGGGAGGAUGUAUUGAAGAGAUGUGUUGCUGCUAAACCAAAAUAUGGAGAGAUAUGGCAGGCAAUCUCAAAGGCAGUUGAGAACGCUCACCAACCGACAGAAUUCAUCUUGAAGAAAGUGGAGGAUGCACUUGGGAAGAAGGAGAAUGCAGCUAAGAAUAGAACAUAACAUCUUUUUUCUUUUUGCGCAUGAUUAGUUAGUCUUGAAGAAAGAAUCGGAUAGUUAUGACUAAUGGAAUGGUUAUAUUUGACAUGUUGAUGUUGAGUUUUGAAGAAACUUUUAUAGUAUGCAGCUGAGAAUAGUAAACAUUGAUUUACCAAGAAUAUAGCAUCUUUUCUAUUUUUGUGCUGCAUUAUGUUUAGUCAGUUUGGAUAAUUGAAUGAGUAUAUCUGACA